AAUAUAAAAAUAACAACAAAAAACUCCAUUUUCUUGCACUAUAAGAAUCUCAGAAAUCAAGAACAGAACUUUUAACGCACAGACAAAAACCAUGGACUCCAUAGAACACAGAACCAUUCAUGCUAAUGGCAUUACCAUGCAUGUAGCAAUCAAAGGCUCAGAGAAUGCUCCGGUUAUUCUAUUUCUCCAUGGAUUCCCCGAAUCAUGGUACUCCUGGAGAUACCAGAUUUUAGCUCUAUCCUCACUUGGCUAUAGAUCUGUGGCACCUGACUUGAGAGGGUAUGGUGACACAGACGCCCCAGCUGAGAUUACAAGCUACACAUGCUUCCAUUUGGUUGGUGAUUUAAUUGGGUUGCUUGAUGUUGUGGCACCGAAUGAAGAUAAAGUUUUUGUUGUGGCACAUGAUUGGGGUGCUAUAAUAGCUUGGUAUAUGUGUUUGUUUAGACCAGAUAGAGUUAAAGCUCUGGUUAAUACCAGUGUUUUGUUUAUUCCGAGGAAUCCUAAGAGGAAAUUUGUUGAGACUUUGAGGGCUCUUUAUGGUGAUGAUUACUACAUGUGCAGAUUUCAGGAGCCUGGAGUGAUUGAAGCAGAGUAUGCAGAGAGAGGCACGGAGAGAGUUCUGAAGGAAUUGUUAACGCACCGAGUUGCAGGACCUCUUUUUUUACCUAAAGGUAAAGGUUUAAAUGGAGCCCCGCUGGAUGCUCCAAUUGUCUUGCCCUCUUGGUUGUCUGAGGAAGAUUUCAAGUACUACACCAACAAAUUUGAGCAGAAAGGCUUUACUGGAGGAUUAAACUAUUAUCGGAAUCUGGAUAGGAACUGGGAGCUCACAGCACCAUGGACAGGGGCUCAAGUGACAGUACCUGUCAAGUUUAUUAUUGGUGAUGAGGACCUGACCUAUAAUUCUCUUGGUGGGAAGGAUUAUAUAGACUCAGGCGGGUUCAAGAGAGACGUUCCAUUUUUAGAGGAACUAGUCGUAAUGGAAGGAGUAGGGCAUUUCCUCAAUCAAGAGAAGGCGGAUGAGAUCAAUAAGCACAUUUAUGAUUUCUUUCAAAAGUUCUAGUUUGCUUCUUCGUUCUCCUCCUGCUGUCUUUUCUGGAGAGUUAGAGCAUGUUCGGCACAGCGGUGCAAAACCAUGCCUUAAAACAAUGUCUAUGUAUGCAUUUGUUUGUGUAAGAGCUUGCAUUUUAUCAAGCAUCAUCCUGGCGAGUCAAGGAACUGGUCCUUGUAAUUUUCAUAUGCCCUCAAAUCAAAUCCUGCAUUGUUUGCUCAAA